AUGGCAACGAACGGAGAGCACAGGAUGAGCGGUGCACCACCAGCAGUCAAUCCUUAUGGCCGAGUGGAUGAAGAGUUGGCCUCGGUAGCUCAAAAGGAAGAGCGUCGCAAGAAGCGAAUGAAGUAUGUUACAUAUGGUGUAGCCUUUGUUGUGUUCCAAACUUUUGUUAUAUUGGUCUUUUCCCUCGUGGUGAUGAAGGUUAAGACGCCUAAAUUCCGCGUAAGGUCUGCCACAGUUGAGUAUCUCCAGGCUACAAAUGCUGGCUUCAGUGCCAAUAUGCGUGCAGAACUCUCUGUCAAGAAUGAGAACUUUGGUCGCUACAAGUACCAAGAAAGCACUAUUGAUUUCUUCUUUCAGAACUACAAGGUAGCGGAGGCUCCGAUUCCCAAGGGAAAGGCUGGUUUCAAAUCAACUAAAAAGUUCACCGUUCCAGCGAAUUUGUCCUCUGCCAAUGCCAAUGUGCCCGGAAGUGAACUGAAUCAAGGCGCUCUGAUCCCUCUGACCAGCCAAGCAACGUUGAACGGAAAAGUGAGGCUAAUGCUGAUUUUCACGAAGAAAAAGUCCACCAACAUGAAUUGCACCAUGAACCUCAAUACCUCCUCCAAGCAGCUUCAGGAUAUAAGCUGCAAUUAG